AUUUCAAAGCUGGGGGGGCGACACCAGCUGUUGGUAUUUUUCUACAUCUUUUUCAUUUUUUUUCAUUUUUCUUAUGUAGUUUUAUUUUUUCUUAGCGAUUAAAUUGACCUAAAAGUUGAAUCUACCUCGUGUGCAACACCAACUGAAAUGGAUGCAGACACAGAGGGGAAGAGGACAGAAACUCCAAAGAUUUCCAAGGAUGAACCUGAGAAACCUGUAACUGAAAAAUUCAGGGGUCGUGGGUUCAGAGGCCGUGGUCGAGGGGGUCGGAUGAGUCGUGGUGUCAUGCGUGGUGGACGAGGCAUCAUGAAGGGAUUCGGUCCACCUGGACAUGGAAGGGGUCGAAUGAAGGAUGGAGGCAUGAAUGGAUUUGCACCCAUGAGGGGAAUGGGGCGGAUGCGUCCUUACCCAGACCUUAGAGGUCAUCGUGGUAGGGAUGGACCAAUGUGUAUGGGCCCUCCUCCUCCACCAAUGCCUCCCAUGCACCUCAGAGGCCUCUUCCCACCCCUGCCCAGGCACGGAUCCCCUCCACCCCCUCCUCGGGGUCAUCCUGGUUUCAGAGGACGACCACCUCACCCAAGAGGGCGUGGCAUGCCACCUCACCCAAGAGGGCGUGGCAUGCCACCUCAUCCAAGAGGGCGUGGAAUGCCACCUCAUCCAAGAGGGCCUGGCAUGCCACCUCAACCAAGAGGGCGUGGCAUGCCACCUCAUGGACCUCAACGCCACUUCCACCCCCGUGGCGCCAGAGGCUAUCACAAUGGACCAGUCUCUCCUCCGCCUCACCCCCGAUCUGGCAGAGGCCAGAGGUGGCCAGGGCCCCCUGGUGGCCGGCGCUUUUAACACAGCUUGUCCUAAAAACAAAAACAAAGCACUUGUUAAAGGGGCCUAAAGUGGUACAGUGAACAAAACACCCCUGAACUAUGUGUUAUACAAAGUCUAUAAGUAUCUUUACUCUGUGGCCAAAUGUCUGGUUAUUGAUAUUGUCUAGUGUCAAAUAAAUAAUGUGAAAUGGCUAACGACAAAACCAGGACUCAUGAAAUGCCUCCAAACUUAGUGUAAAGGCAUUCUCACCUUCUGCUACCUAUAAAUCUGGUUUAUACUGUAGGAAUUAUUUGAAAAUUGUUGAGAAAGAGCUGUUAAAAACAAGGUUGAAGCUGCUGUUCUCAGAGGGAGGGAAAUUAUGAUCGAAUAGAUUUAAAUGUUCUGUACUUCUUGUAACAGUCACCCUGUGAGGCUUAGGAAAAUGUACUGAUUCUUAAUAAAGAAAAAGAAAAUGGGUGAGGAUAUUUAUUUGAGGGUGGAGGGGAAAUUAUCAAAGAAUGCAUAUCACAGCCCUCAGGCAACAAUGUUAACUAGUUUCGUCCACCUUGGACCUCCCUAACCUUUUUUUUGUUACUUAUGUAUUAUAACCUCACUAAGCAGUACUGCAAAAAUUGUUUAACACUCCCACACUUCCGUGAUAAGACAAUAUUCCUCUUGUCAAGUAUUCUAUUUAAUUUUAUAUAUUACAUCAUUAAUGUGCAGCUAUUUUAAGUUAUGAGUAUUGCUGUUUGGAACUUUCAUGUUUGUCUCCAGCAGUCUAUUUUGUAAUAACAAAAAAGCAGAAGGCAUUAUAAAUGAUAAGUAUACUGAAAUAUAUACAUAUAUAUCUAUUGGCAUUUAUAAAUGAAAGCAAAUUCUAUUGGUAUUUGCUUCAGUUAAGGAUAAAAAAUAACUCUUUACCGUGUUGAGUUCUUUUGAAGUGUCACAACUACUUUAUUCACUGUGGUUAACAUAACUUUGGUGAACCUGUGAAUGUGUUUUAUGAGAACCACCAAGGCAUAUGACGUAGUUGUGAAGAAGAAAAACAAUAAAAAUAAAAAUAAACUCAACCUCUCCUUUUUUGGUUUGUUCACAAACAAGUCUGAGACUUGUCAUUACAAUUUACAACAUAUCUGAACUAGUGCUGCUUAAAGUGGCACAGUAACAUUGUUUCAUAUUUGUGAGGAACAUUUGAUCCAUGUAAAGACCAUGACACUGCAAAGAUGCACAUCAUUUUAUAGAACUGUUGUGAGUGUGGAGGAUCAAGAGCCCUUAAUGAAUAUAGUCGUUUACAAGCAUUCACUGGAUCCUACUGAGUCAUGUCUGUAGACUUGCUGAGGGCUGUAAUGUAGCAGAAAAAAUUAUUCAAUACUUGCAUCUUUAGUUGCAGAGAUACAAAACAUGGAGUUUAUUU